AUGACCGACAUCGCAGUAUCACAACAAGUCUCCCCGCCUGAUAUCAGCGAGACGUCCAUCCCUGGCGCCCAGCUGGAAGUCAUCCGCCAGGCCGCCAACCCUUCAGUCGUCCACAACAUCUCCUCCACCCUCUCCAAGCCCAUCAACUCCAAAUUCGACUUCUUCGUCGUCUGCGCAGCCCUCGACGACAUCGUCAGCCACCUGCCCCUCGCCACCCUGGAGCUCUACAGGCCAGCCCUGGAGACGCUGGCCGCUGCCGACAGCGCACCCAGUCCCGAGGGCGUCUCCGUGCCCUGCUUAGCAGGCCGGGCCAGAGACGCCCUCAAGUUCAUCGACAACCCGCAUCUGGCGUGGGCGCCGCAGCACAAGUUCGACUGCAUGGGGAACCGAAGUCUUUCUGAACGGGUUCACACGGCGGAGCAAAUGGAGCCGUAUGUGGACGAACUGCUCGGCUGGCUGGCCGAUCCCAAUUGGCCGCCUUAUUCGGGCUGUCAGAAGCAGCUUGCUCGGUUCCCUGAGGUGACUAUCGAUCCCAUCAAGGAGGUUAUUCUCAAAAAUCGGAAUGACCCAGAGUGGCUGCUGCAUAUCCUAGAGUUUGUAGAGCAACAUGUGCCCGUGGGGACGUUGUGGAAGAGAAUAGAGCCCGAGCUGAUUCAGCUAGCUAAUGGCGAGGCCGAAGAUGAAGAGGGAGUCGAGCUGCCGGAAGCUGCUCAACGCAUGCUGAGGGUGCUGAAAGAGACGGGUGAAACGGAAGCAGGUUGA